AUGGCGAGCAGCAGCGGCCCCAAGGCCGAGCUCAUCGUCGGAGGGAAAUACAAGCUGGUGCGGAAGAUCGGGUCCGGCUCCUCCGGGGACAUCUACCUGGCGGUCACCAUCACCAGCGGCGAGCAGGUGGCCGUGAAGCUGGAGCCUCGGAAGGCCCGGCGCCCGCAGCUGCAGUGCGAGAGCCACCUCUACCAGAUCCUGCAGGGCGGCGUGGGCAUCCCGCACAUCCGCUGGUACGGGCAGGAGGAGCACUACGGGGUGCUGGUCAUGGACCUUCUGGGGCCCAGCCUGGAGGACCUCUUCAACUUCUGCUCGAGAAGGUUCACCAUGAAAACCGUCCUGGCGCUGGCCGACCAGAUGAUCAGCAGGAUUGAAUACGUGCAUGCAAAGAAUGUCAUACACAGAGACAUCAAACCGGACAACUUCCUCCUGGGUCUUGGGCGUCACUGUAAUAAGCUAUUCCUUAUCGAUUUUGGUUUGGCCAGAAAGUACAGAGACCACGGGACGAGGCCACACCUGCCAUACAGAGAAGGCACCGCCCGCUGUGCUGCUAACGUCGGCGCACAUCUUGGCGUUGAACAGAGCCGCCGGGACGACUUGGAAUCCUUAGGGUACGUUCUGAUGUAUUUUAACAGAACCAGCCUGCCGUGGCAAGGGUUGAAGGCUGCCACAAAGAAACAGAAAUACGAAAAAAUUCGUGAGAAGAAGAUGUCCACUCCCGUGGAAGUUCUGUGCGAGGGCUUUCCCGCAGAGUUUGCCAUGUACCUAAACUACUGUCGUGGGCUGCGCUUUGAGGACGCCCCGGAUUACACGUACCUGAGGCAGCUGUUCCACGUUCUUUUCAGAACCCUGAACCACCAGUACGACUACGCGUUUGAUUGGUCAAUGUGA